AUGAGGGGGAAAAGUCCCAAACCCCGUAAAUACCUGCAGUUCGCCUACUUCAAGGCUAAUAACCUUCCAAAAGCUAUUGCAGCAGCUCACACAUUUCUUAUGAAGCAUCCAGAUGAUGAAAUGAUGCAGAGAAAUAUGGCCUACUAUAAGACUAUGCCUGAUGCUGAGGAGCAUAUUAAGGACUUGGAAACAAAGCCUUAUGAGAAUCUCUUUGUGAGGGCUGUGAGAGCAUACAACGGUGACAACUGGAGAACGUCCAUCUCGGACAUGGAGCUGGCUCUUCCUGAAUUCUUCAAAGCCUACGACGACUGCACAGCAGCUUGUGAAGGUUCCCGGGAGAUCAAAGAUUUUAAAGAGUUCUAUCUCUCCAUUGCAGAUCAUUAUAUUGAAGUCCUUGGAUGCAAAAUUCAGUGUGAGAGCAAUCUGACACCCAUUAUAGGAGGCUUUGUUGUCGAGAAAUUUGUGGCAACCAUGUACCAUUACUUACAGUUUGCUUAUUAUAAAUUGAAUGACAUGAAGAAUGCAGCCUCCUGUGCUGCUAGUUACCUUCUGUUUGACCAAAAAGAUGAAGUAAUGAAACAGAACAUGGUCUAUUAUCAAUACCAUAAAGACAAAUGGGGACUCAAGGAAGAAGAUUUUCAGCCCAGAUCGGAUGCAGUUCGAUACCACAACAUAACCACACUCCAGUUGGAAAUGUAUGAAUUUGCAAAGCAGAAUUUGAUGGAUGAUGAUGAGGGUGAAGUUGUGGAAUUCCUUGAUGAGCUGUUAGAAGUGGAGGAAAAGAAUGAAUCCUGAUGAGCGAAGAUGUCAUGAAGUAUUU